UUUUGCGCUGCAUGCUGGGUGUUGUGGUUCUUUGGAAGCCCCGCCGAUUGCCCGCUAGCUGAUAUGGCGGAUAGGAGGCGGCGGCGGAGACGAGCGUCUCAGGAUGAUAGUGAAGAGGAAGAAGAGGAAUCUGGCAGUGAAAGUACUGAGUCUGCUGUUCAGCCAGGACAACAGAAGGUUGAAACCCGAGAACCAGUGCUAAGAAGAGCAGACCAUAUCGUCAAGGGGAAUGAAUCUGAGUGUGAAAGUGAAGAUGGAAUUGAAGGCGAAGCUGUCCUGUCAGACUAUGAAAGUGCUGAAGAAUCUGAAGAGGAAGAGGCGCGUCGACUUAGUGACGAGGAGCCCUUAAAGGAGGAAUUAAAACAAGAGAAUGAUGCUACGGACACUCCAGCUCCGAAAGAGGAGAAAACCAGGCCAAAGGGCACAGUAACAGGAGAACGCCAGAGUGGGGAUGGACAGGAAAGCACUGAACCAGAUGAAAAUAAAGCAGCUAUAAAGUCUCAGAAGCACCUAGAUGAUGACGAGGACAGGAAGAACCCAGCCUACAUUCCCCGUAAGGGACUUUUCUUUGAACAUGAUCUGAGAGGACAUACCCAGGAUGAGGAAGUCAGGCCGAAGGGCAGACAUCCUCGAAAGUUAUGGAAGGAUGAGGGUCGAUGGGAACAUGACCGUUUCCGGGAGGAUGAACAGGCUCCCAAGUCCAGAGAGGAACUUAUUGCUCUGUAUGGUUAUGAUAUUCGAUCUUGUAAGAAUCCAGAGGAUAUCCGGCCUCGGCGACCACGCAAACCCAGAUUCAGCAGCCCAACUAGAAGAGAGGAGAAUGAUGAGAAGCCAUACAGAUUCCAGACCCGCAAUUCAGAUUUUGGCUCUGCCCAACAAGCCCGGCCUUACAACAACCGCAAUGAUGCAGGCUCUGGUAGAACUACCGCUUCAAGAGCCUACACAAAAUCAGGUGGCAAUAAGGAAAACCGUGCCACUUAUCAGAAUGAGGAGGACACAUCCCAACAACCCGUAACAGAAAGGAGGAAAGAGUAUGGGAGCUAUAGAGCGCGUAGCACUGAGCAGACUCCACCACCUAUCAGAAAUGGAUCCCCAGAAGCUGCACCGGCUACCAGAGUAGAACCCAUUAUUGAGAAGCAAGUAGAAGAAACAUCACCGCCUCCUCCAGACAGACCAGUAGAGAAGAAAUCCUAUUCUAGGGCCAGAAGGAGUAGGAUCAAAGGGGUGGAGGGAGGAAAGAAUGAGGAGGCAGCGCUUUCUGAGCUUCCUCCACCGCCUCUAGUUUCUCCCACUCUUACUCAAGAAAUUUCUGCCCCUUCACCUGCUCCCAUGAAACCAAUCAGCUGGGAAGCUACUGUAGAUGGAAGUAUUGCUGCACUAGAGCAGGUGAACCUUUCAGAUCAGAACUGGAGUCCGAACCAACCUCAGUACAUCGCGCCUCAAGGUAUGCCUAAUCACAUUCAUAUGCCAGGAGGACCGCCGCCACAGUACAACCGUUUGGAGGGCAUGCCGGUUCAGGGUGGGCGAGUUAAGAGAUAUUCCUCCCAGCGCCAGCGUCAUGUCCCAGAACCUGCUCCCAUGCAUAUUGGCAUUAUGGAAGGACACUACUAUGAUCCUCUCCAAUUCCAGGGACCAAUAUACGCUCACGGCGACGGCCCAUCUUCUAUGCCUCCUCAGGGUAUGAUUGUGCCACCAGAAAUGCAUCUUCCUCAUCCAGCUUUACAUCCUCACCAGUCUCCUGCUCCCAUGUCCACCCCAAACAUAUAUCCUGCUCCGGUCUCUCUUCCUCCCAGCCAGCCCCCUCCACAGCAGCUCCUACCUCCACCGUACUUCACAGCUCCCCCCAGUGUUAUGAAUUUUGGAAAUCCAACCUACCCAUAUGCACCUAGUGCUCUGCCUCCGCCUCCACCAGCUCACUUGUAUCCAAACCCACAGACACAGUCACAGGUGUAUGGAGGAGUAACAUAUUACAACCCUGUACAGCAACAAGUGCAGCUAAAACCUUCUCCCCCCCGACGUACCUCACAACCAGUCACUAUCAAGCCACCCCCACCAGAGGAGACAAGACAAACGGUAGCAAAAGAGAGAAACAGCUCCUAAGAGAGAGACCAUCUGAAUCGAGGACCACCAGCUCUUUCGUCACCCUGGAUCUACAAAAAAAUAGACACCCCAACCUCUUCCUUUGUAUUACAGACUACACUAAUCCCAUGUACUGACCAAUUUAGGAGAUUUUUUUUUUUAUAUAUAUAUAUAAUUAUUAUUAUUUUGAGAAACAUACCCUUCUGAUCAGGAGUGAGUAAAAUUAACCACAGCCUACAAGACUAAAGCAAAACACUCUGUAGCAGAACUUGAAAAUACAUGAACGUUGGAAGAUUUGCAAGUUAAACGUGCUCCGCAACACUGACAUUUUGUGGUACAAAUGACAGAAACUGGCAAUGGAGUAUGGAUUUAUUCAAUUGGAAAUAAGUGUGGGCGGGGGUUCAAAUAUAUAUUCUAAAUUUGCUGAGAAUUUUGAUAGCCAUUGGGUAUUUUUGGGGCCUAAGUAGCUCUGGAUUCUGUUACCUAAAAAUGGCAGUUCAGAGGUUACAUUCACUGGUUAAUAAACAUACCAUUUUUUUAGUUGUAAUUAUAUUGCCUAUUCCUUAAAUUUCUAGGUUUGAACAGCUAUGGUUUGGUGACCCCAUCAUGUUCAGAGUGGCCAUGUACUUGCAUAUGUAUAUUAAUCCUUUUGCCUCCAGAGAAGUCUAACGCAUUUUUUUUGCUGUUUUAAGGUUUGCUUCUCUGGCAUCAAAAGAGUUAAUUCCCCUGUCUUGUUACAUUUUCAUGACCUAAGCACACUGUGAUGGCUUAAUUUUUAUUGUAUUAUGUGUGUUUUAUGAUUUUAGUUUUCUUUCGAAUCUGUAUUUUUGUGAGAAACACGAAUAAGUUAAUAAAAUCGUGGAGAGAGAUUCUUUAGCGUCCAAAA